CAUUAUACUGUGUCGGUAGGAAGCUCCUCCUGCCAAGCCUAUGGUGGCUCAUCCUUGAAGCUUAGCUCCGGCGACCUCGACAUGUGCAGUCCCCUAGCGUUGCCUAGCAUGCCGGAUCAAGCCGGUCCUCUGGUGCGCCAACCGUCAUGGAGUAGAACGAGCCAACAGCGUCUAGGGUGGAAUCAUGCCCGUAUCCUUUUUGUUGAAGAUGUAGAGUAG